ACCAUCCCUCAAAACACGACAACCCUUGUCAAUGUUUUGGGUGGAAGAACACGGGGACUGCAUGGACAGUAGCGAAGUGAGGCCCAUCUGCCCCAGCCCUCGACUUUUCAAACCUCGUCUGUGCUGAUGCGAAGUGGGAGGGAAAAUCGACGGAAUCUCGGGUGCUGAGUGUACUUGGAAAGCUGGUGUUGGUAGAGACCCAGCGGACACACGACUGCCGCCGCUGCUACUGAGCUGAUUGAGGUUACUUUUUUAUCCAUGGAGAGCUGUACACAGGACUCUUUAUUUUUUUAGGGUCCUGCUGCAUUGGUGUUUUAAGAUUUAUUCUGCCAUGUUAUGAGUGCUUAGACAAGUGGGAGCAAACUGGAGCGGCCAGACAGCUCCUUAUCCCCACCCCCACGUCACCAACUGGCACUGACCAGCAUGGUGAAGUAUGGUCAAACCUCCAUGACACGUGCAGUGUCGGAUGACCUUCAUCCAGCAGCAGAUUUACAAAGGGCUGUACACUAUUACGAGAGUACAGACUCCUGAUGUGAGAAAAGUUUGCCUGAUCACCCUUUGCUAGGAGUAGCCCGUUGCUAGGGGUAACCCGCUGCUAAGGGUAACGGGUUGCUAGGGGUAACCCGUUAAAAGGUUAACCCUUUUGAGGGGUAAAACGUCGCCUCGGGUAACCCGUUGCCAAACGGUAACCCCGUUGGCUUGUAAUAACUCGUUGCUAGGGGUAACGGGUGGCUUCACGUAACCAGUUGCUAGGGGCAACCGGCGCUGCUCCGAGUGGCGCGGCGGCACAGCACCGCGCGCGCGAUGACGUCGCGGGGUCAGAGGUCGCGGGAAGUCGCUCUUCCGGCGCUGGAGAACGAAGCCGUUCCAACCGCACGUAGCGGAGCGAGGAACAAUCCUCACAACAGCGACAAGCGGAGCAAUUAGCGCGGGCCCCUCUGUCGGAGCGAGCGAGCGAGCGUGAUGGCGGACAGGGGAGACGACAAGAAAUUCGCCGAGAUCCCGAAGGAGUCGGUGCGCGCCAUGGCCGAGGCCGCGGGGCUCGCGGGCCUCAGCGAGGCCGCGGCCGCGGCGCUCGCCGAGGACGCGGGCUACCGCGUGCGGGAGGCGGCGCAGAAAAGUUGCCAGUUCAUGAAGCACGGAAAACGCAAGAAGUUGUUGGUGGAGGACUUCAAUCGUGCACUUCGGUGGAGCAAUGUGGAGGCGGUGUGCGGGUUCGGUUCGUCUGAGCCCAUGCCCUUCCGCUGUGCACGAGAGGGAGAGGUGUUCUUUGUGGAGGAUCGGGAGGUGGCUCUUGCGGAGCUGGUUCUGACCCCACGCCCACCCUUCCCCUGCGCUCCGAAGCACAUGCACGUGCAUUCUCUCAAUUUUGACUUCAAAAGUCAACAGUGCUUAUCCACAGUGUCUGGUGGCCUGUGUGACGACAUGAGCCAAUACUAUCAGCAAGCUGCACGGGCCAUCCUGGGCUCCGACUUGCCGCUCAUGAAGAUUGCACUGCAGGACCUGCAGAAAAACCCGAAGAUUGCAGCACUUCUGCCUUAUUUUGUCAACUUUGUCAAUAGCGUCAAGUCUGUUUCCCACGACCUGGAGCAGCUGAACCGGCUGAUGUUCGUGGCGCGGGGACUUGUGCUGAACCCGUGCGUUUACCUGGGCGCGCACACGCAGAGCCUCGUGUGCAGCGUCAUGUACUGCAUCUUGGAGCCUCUCGCCGCCUCCAUCAACCCCCUCAACGACCACUGGGCCCUGCGAGACCUCGCCGCGCACCUGCUCGCGCACAUCAUCGCGCUGUAUGGAGACGUGGUGGCAGGCCUGUACCACCAAGUGUUGCUCACACUGCAGAAGGUCCUUGUUGAUCCUGUGCGCCCUCUCUGCUCACAUUACGGAGCCGUCGUGGGGCUCAGUGCCCUUGGAUGGAAGGCGGUGGAGAGGGUGUUAUUGCCUCACCUGCACACCUACUGGUCUAACCUGCAGCCGGUGCUGGAUGACUGCUCUGUCUCCAAUGGUCAGGUGAAGGCCGAUGCUCACAAGGUCUACGGAGCCAUCAUGGUUGCGGUGGAGAAGCUUGUGAAAAACAAGGUGGCUUUGUGUGAAGCGAGCGAACUGUCAUGCGGGAGGACCGCGACGGCGUGUGAGGUGUCACCGUGCCAGAGUCCUGUCCCCAGCCUUCAGCCCGACUUCACGUUCGGGCCGGCGAGCCACCUGCUGGGGCGUGGCGGGGGAGGUGGGGGAGAGGGCCUCCUCCCAGCCAGCCUGCCUGCUCACGCUGGCACAGCAUCCCUUCCUGCGCUCUACACGCAGCUUUACCACUUGUUUGGCGACGGCCUGGCGCUGCGUUUCGGCACUGGAGCCAGUUCUUCGGUGCCACUGGGCGACGACGGUUUAGCGGAAGAAGCCGCAGCUGCGCAGAAAGCGAGCUGCAUGGCUUCUUGUGAAGGUGAUAAGGGAAAAAAGAAGAUUCUGCUCAAUCUAUGCUUGCAGGAGAUGGCCCGAGAACGUGAUGGAGGAAAACUCGAGCCUUCCAAGUCGCCUCCGUUCAGACCAAAUAUACUACGCAAAUCAAAGUCUGGGACGCGGCAGCGGCAAGAGAAGGGAGGCCGGAUGCGUGCCGCUUAUGGCGUGCGGGAUGUGUUUGAACAGCCUGUCCGGCCAAUCUACCCUCAGCAAAGGCUGCACGUUAAAAUAGCUGGAAACCUCGUGUCAGUGAGUGGACGGGGAAGAGUGUUCAUGUCUGAUUUUCCACCCCACAUUGCAAAACAGAGCUCCAAGUAUGGCCAGAAACUUUCAGCCAUUGGACGAUUAAAUAAGCCAGUCAAGAAGGCUUGCAAGUCUGAUUUUUCCCUUUGGACUCCGUUGUAAGGAGGCGCCAACAAGACGCGUUUCAGUUGUUUGAAGAGAGGUGCGUGAAGGGGAAGCAGAGAAGAAUAAAGCAGCUCCGGCAGAGAUGACACUAAUGUUACUACCCACUUACAUUCUGCGUUGAUGGCUGCAAUGCAAAGUGGGAUGACCUGAUAAACAUGACUUAUCCCGCACUAAAUGGGCUGCUGCUGCCUUGAUGGCCCAUCUUCAUAUCACAUUGACCUUUUCAUAGGCUACUGGGGUAAAGCGUCUCCGAAAUUUCAUGGGCACCUAAUAUUCCACAGUUGAUACGUUUAUAUAUUGUUUACAUAUUUGACCUUUUUUGAAGUACAGUAUGCAUACUUGGGACACGUGCGGUUUGUGUAUUUACUUUACGUAUGUAAUGGGUGAGUGGCACACGUCACAAACAUUUGAAUGUAUAUACCUUGUUUUUUUGCCUACUCAAUAAACCAACAGAGCAAAGGUU